CGAAAACUGUCAUGGCCGCAAUGUAUGUGUGCGUCUGUUGCUGUUGCUGUCCAAAUGCAUAAUUUUGACUCCGGUGCCUUAACCAGGGUUGGCGUUGUGUUUAGCAAAAUGUAGAUCUAUUUCAGAUUUUUUUCAUUACCAUAAGGGAAGUUAAUUGGAAAGCGAUAUGCUGCGGUGACAAGCUAGAUUAAAAGCGGUUUUCAGUUUUAUCAGUGUCGUACUAGGAAUGGCUUGUUUUUUGAAUAAUAGACAAAAUACAACGGUUAGCAUUCCAAAUAUUAAAAAUGAUAGUUUCACUUUGUAUGAAAUUCUGGUUAAAAUUGGUGAUGCCGCUUGGACUGUGCAGCAUCGGUAUAGUGACUUUGUCGAGUUACAUGAUAAACUUGUCUCAGAUCACGGAGUAAAUAAGGAUAUAUUACCGCCGAAGAAAGUAAUAGGGAACAUGGAUCCAGCAUUUAUUGAACGAAGAAGAGUUUGUUUGGAAUCAUAUUUGCGAAAUAUAUUAAAUUUACUGCAACAAGCCAUGCCGAGAGAGCUAGCACUUUUUUUAAACUUUCAUUUGUAUGAUAUUCUUUAUUUGUUACAAGAUAUGGCUCUACGAUUCUUCCAUGAAGGUGAUGCACUCCUUCAUAUUUGUAAGAAUUUUACUUUUUCUCCAUUACAGCUGCAUGCGAUCAGCGAGCGCCUGAAACAGCCGUGCCCACCGCUGGAGAUCCUGGAUAAGAGGAUGGACUUCAGUCACGUGAUGGACUUCUGCUCCCAUCUGACCAGCGUGACCAUCAGCGGCAGCAGCGCCUCGGUCGGCACCAGCAAUAUCGUGCCAAACAAGCUUCCCUUCGAGCUCUCCGUGUUCAGAGCGAUCGAGAGGCUUACUUUCAUCAACGUGUCGCUGGCAAGCGUCUACAGCGUGGGAAGUACGCGUGACUCUGUCAAGUGCUUAGCGGUGCACGCGUCCGGCCUGAAGAGCAUCGCCAGCGUGCUUCUGUGCGACGUCAUACACAAGGACGUCCUCUACUCCGGGGAGAGGCAUGCUUGGAAGAAGGUGUCGGAGGCAGAUUUCAGCAACAACGAGCUGGAGCAGAUAGACGAGGCCGUGAAGCUGAUGCCCAACAUGGAGCGGCUGGUCCUGAACAACAACCGCAUAAGCACAGUGGACAACCUGACGCUGCUUCCUCGCCUGGUCCACCUCGGGCUCUCUGCAAACAGCUUCUCCGCGGUGGAGGAGCUGCACACGAGGCUGGGCCACGUGGUGAUGCUGGACCUGUCCCAGAACAGCAUCUCCUCGCUGCGGGGCUUCUCCAAGCUGUACUCGCUGGAGAGCCUGGACGUGGGCUGCAACCGGCUGGACGAGGUGGCAGAGGUGAGGCACCUGGGCGGCCUACCGUGUCUCGAGAGCCUCGUGCUGCUGGGCAACCCGCUGGCCAUCGUGGUGGACUACCGCGUCAGGGUGCUGGAGUACUUCGGCAGCCGGGCAGCCGAGAUCUGCCUGGACAACGACAAGCCCACGCAGAAGGAGCUGGACACAGUUGCCGUGCUGCAAGCCCUCAGGAUUGUGAAGGAGGGCCGGACCCCCAUGCUGGGGCCGUAGGCUCCCCCCUUCCCCUCCUUGCGUGUUUCCUAACAGCCUGGCGGCGCUCUCACGAGCGGCACUUACCAAAGAGAAUGCAAACUGUGUGCUUACCGAAAACUAAAUAAUAUUUUUAAAAUACUGUAACCCUUUGAUACUGUGUAAAAUAGUAAUAUAUAUAUAUUUUUACUAAAAGGAUACCAAUUAAAUUAUAAAUGCAAACAUAUAACUAUUUACAGUUUUGAAUUAAAAUUUUGUAAAGUGUGAGUUUACAUAUGUAUAUUAUCUGUUCACUGUUUGUGUGAUAUGUAAUUACUACACCUCAUGUGGUGGCUGAAAGACUCGAACUCAAAAAAUAUUUUUUGUGUAGGCAUGAUUGAGUGAUGAUUGUUAAAGAUCUGUGAUCACUUUUUUUGUUAUUAAUUAUGUAUGUAUAUGCACAUUUUUGAGACAGGUGAUUGGCACUUUUGAAGCAAUUUUCAUUUUUGUAAAAUACAUGAAUGCCAACUCCUGAAUUAUGAA